AUGUACCAGCACCCUGCAGCCCGACAAGACCACAACAACCCUCUAGGUCUUUCCAUUUACGAAUGCUGGUUCUGUCCAAGCAACUGGGUUGGUUUCUCGGGCCUGCUGUACCACCUCGAAGAAGGUCGCUGUGUGAAGCGAGACCGCAUUCGCACUCUUGCCUUUGAGACACCGGAGUACGGUUUCUACGGCAAUAACCUUACCGACCAAAACCCGUUCUAUUGCUAUCAAUGCCGGACUCAGUUCCCUCAGGUCUCUCACCUCUACUAUCACGUCGAAAACAGUCCUUCCUGCUCGUACUUGCUCAACUCCUCGGAGUGCCUGGGGGCUCUCCGCAACUUUUAUGUUGAGUACUAUGAGUGUCCUGGCUCGGACUACGUCAGCUAUUAA